GUUUGUUGAGGACAUUUCUCUUUAAAAGCUGCUGGCAGGCAGUGAAACGGCUCACACCCCUCGAUAAAAGGAAUGGUGCCUACCAUAUCCGGGUUCUUACCGGAACAAGUCAGUAGCCAUUGAGACAGAGGAAGAGGAAUUUGUAUUAGAGAUUUCAGUCGUAAUCGAGCUUUUCUUCAAUUUACAACCGAACAGAGACAAUCACUUAUGAAUAUAAAUAAUAAUUGAAAGGAUAAUUUACCAUCCAUUUCAUUACAAAACGAUAUUUUGUUUUUGCAUAUGAAGCAGUCCUAGUAAUAUAUUGAAUAUUAUCAAGAUGUAGAUGGAAUGGCAUGUGUCAUCCUGUAUUUAAAUAUCAACAUUAUAGAUUGGGAUGAAAUAUAGUCAUACAUCAGACUGUCUACAUAUUGAGAAUUUUAAUAUUAAUUGUUGUUAAAAUGGCUUUUACAUGGGAUUUCACUUGCAUAUUCAGGUAUGCAAUGCAACUUUUUACAUAUUAGAAAGUACAAUGCCGUGGAUGCAAUUCCAUGGAAGGUAGCAGUGGUUCCUGCCAAUAUAUAUGGGUUGUGUAGGUUGGUUAUCAAAAAUGAGAAGGAGGCGAUUAAAUACAGCUGUUAUUGUUGUAAUAUGUGGAUUUCCAGUAUUAAUGAUUUUAUACUUAGCAACAACUGAGCAAGAUAUUGCAACUGGUAAUUUCUUGGGCUUCACACGUAGAGAGGCAAAAUUAGCAGAACGCGUUCGAGAAGUCGAGGAACAAAAUCAAUUAUUGCGUCGACAGCUUAGUUUGUCUCAAACACAUCUUCUUAACAUUAUGUCAGAAGCUCAGCAAUCUGAUGAUAAUGCAUCUGAAAGUGGAAACAGACAUCCUACAGUUAAUCAAAAAUCAAUUCUCUGCUUGAAUCAAGAACCAGAAGUACCAAAAUGCGAAAUUAUACAUAUAGCCAUUGUCUGCGCAGGCUACAAUUCCAGUCGUUCAGUUGUGACUCUUAUUAAAAGUAUUCUUUUUUAUAGGAAAAAUCCUUUGCAUUUUCAUUUUAUUUCUGAUUCUGUGGCUCAGUUAAUUCUACAAACACUGUUUAAUACCUGGGGUGUACCUGGAGUGGAAGUAAGCUUCUAUUUAGCAGAUAAUUUACAAAAUGAAGUUUCUUGGAUACCAAAUAAGCAUUAUUCUGGUGUUUAUGGCCUAAUGAAGCUGGUUCUUCCUAAGGCUCUACCAGAUUUUCUUGAAAAAGUAAUUGUCUUAGAUACUGAUGUAACAUUUGCAACUGAUGUAGCUGAAUUAUGGAGAAUUUUUCAUAAAUUUUCAUCAAAACAAGCAAUUGGACUUGUUGAAAAUCAAAGUGAUUGGUAUUUAGGGAAACUUUGGAAAAAUCAUAGACCUUGGCCAGCAUUAGGACGAGGUUUUAAUACUGGAGUAAUUCUUCUUCACUUGCAAUUGUUAAGAGAAUUGGGAUGGAUGCAUACAUGGAGAAUGACUGCUGAAAAAGAACUUUUUAGCAUGUUAUCUACAUCUUUAGCUGAUCAGGAUAUAUUUAAUGCUGUUUUGAAGCAACAUCCAUAUUUAAUAUAUCGUCUACCAUGCCAAUGGAAUGUUCAACUUAGUGAUAAUACUUUGAGUGAGUUAUGUUAUACAGAGGUUCAAGAUUUAAAAGUUAUUCAUUGGAAUUCUCCUAAAAAAUUAAAAGUAAAGAAUAAACACGUUGAAUUUUUUCGUAACCUCUACCUCACCUUUUUAGAGUAUGAUGGAAAUUUAUUGAGAAGAGAACUUAUUGGCUGCAAUAACACCAAAGUCACUCAUGUACAAGAAGCUUUAAAUUCCAUCGAUGAAGAUGAUGCAUGUUAUGAAUUCAGACGUGCAAGGGUUGUUCAACAUCGUACUCAUCUGUACUACAUAGAAUAUGAUUAUGAACCAGCUGCUGAAGGAAAUGAUGUGACAUUGAUAGCACAGCUUUCAAUGGAUCGUUUACAAAUGGUUGAAGCAUUGUGCAAACAUUGGGAAGGUCCAGUAAGUUUAGCACUUUAUAUGUCUGAUUCUGAAGUUCAACAAUUCCUUAGUUAUACUCUUACAUCAGAAGUAUUAAGAAAAAGAAAAAAUGUGGGAUAUCAUAUUGUGUAUAGAGAUGGUCCUUUUUAUCCAGUAAACUUAUUAAGAAAUGUUGCUUUACAACAAGUGACAACACCAUUCGUGUUCCUCACAGACAUUGAUUUUUUACCAAUGUAUGGACUCUAUGAGUACCUAAAGAAGUCGGUGGCUGCUAUGGGUUUAGAAUCAUCAAAAAAGGCGUUAAUAGUUCCAGCAUUUGAAACUCAACGGUAUAGACUUACCUUUCCCAAAUCAAAAGCCGAACUAUUAUCCAUGCUGGACAUGGGUACACUUUUUACAUUUAGAUAUCAUGUUUGGACUCGAGGUCAUGCACCUACAAAUUACGGAAAAUGGCGUACUGCGACGACUCCGUAUCGUGUUCAGUGGGAGCCAGAUUUUGAACCCUACAUUGUCGUACGACGUGACAUUCCUGAGUAUGAUAGGAGAUUUGUUGGAUUCGGUUGGAAUAAAGUAUCACAUGUUAUGGAACUCUAUGCUCAGGGAUAUGAAUUUAUUGUGCUUCCAAAUGCCUUUAUUGUCCACAUGCCCCAUGCACCAAGUUUUGAUAUUGCUAAAUUCAGAUCAAGUUCACAGUACAGAAAAUGCUUGAAAAUACUUAAAGCUGAAUUUGUGAAAGAUUUAUCCAGGAGAUACGGAAAACAAUUUACGAUCGAAAAGAAAAAACUUAAAAGGUAGCAACAGUGACAAAAUUUUGUGAGAUAAAAGUAAAUUAAAUCAAGAUGCAGAACGUCGCAAUCAAUGUUCAGUGAUGACGAUGAUAAUAAGUCAGAGUUUUCUUCUGACGAAAAACUGUUGUGCCAUCGAAAACAUCAUCUGGAAUUUGAUCUACGAUCACUCAUCUCAUUUCUGUCCGUCCUAUAAGCAUAGGACAUCAAAGAAACAUUUGUGCCAAUGCCAAAUUUGGACUAAAAAGUUUCGAAGAGAAAUGCCUUUCACUGUGGUUUUUUUCGACCCAAUAGUUUUUCCAAAACGCAGCUACUUAUUUCUAUAACUGCCAUACCGAAGUUAAAUUUAUGACUGUUAUCCAAUACCGAAGUAUUCCUUUUAGGAGUGAAAUAUUUAAUUUAUAGCAAGUUAAUUUUAUUUUUUAUUUUGCACAAAUAAGUAAUUUUAUUCCUCUCGCAGUACGUUCUCGAUGGUUAAUUUAUGUAUUCCAACGGAAAGAUUUCCACGAAAAAUCGAAUUCGGAGUUUUAUUUGAAUUACUUAGUAUAUCUCUUAUCUGUGGUCUAAUGGUUUCCAAGGUUUUACUGCAUUGUAUGGCAUAUACAUGCUAAAUAUAACAAUCGAUAUCCUUUUUCUUUUAUUUUCAUUUGAAUGCUGUAAAUUAAAAUUUGGAAAUUCGUAUAAUCAUGUUCUCUGUAAUUAAAUAACACAGUAAAAAUAUUGAAAGCUUCUUUAUCCUUUUCGAAAUCCUCGUUUUGUUAGAAAAAUAUCAUAAUUAAAAAAGUACAAGCUUGAAAAAACUUAUAUGCACCAAUAAAACUAGUCUCACUAUUAGUGAUUCUUUUUUUAUAUUGAUUUAAAAUUUUUCUUCUUUAUAAAUAUUUUUAUUACUCGUAUUUAUUUUGUCGAUUUUAUUCACUUCAUUCCUGCAGUCUUUCUAGGACAUUAUCUUAAUUAGCAAAAUGAAAUUUUCUAUUGUUAUAUUUAAAAAUGUAAUUAUAUAUUAAUUAACCAAAAUUAAUAUAAAUGAUUUUUUUAUCAGGAGGUGACAUCUGUGAUGUCAAUCACAAAUUAGGAGCAGUAUCAAUUUUAAAUGAAUGCAACUAUAAUAUUUAUGUAAUCAGAUCAAACUGGUGUCAUCAAGUAGGCAUUAAACAAACAUUUUCUGAUAA